AUGCUACCAUUCCAGAACUGGUGUGCCACCUGCGACCAGCAGCUAAUUUUCGAAAAGAUCAUGAUACAGUCUAUUGACAUGGUAGAAGAUGUCGUUUUGACACUCAAGUUCUCUGCGGAAACAACGGACUCUGCCGGCAAUCAGAAGAAGCAUGCCGUGUGGCUUACUGGAGCCUCGUUGCAUGUUUUGGUGGUGAUCACGAGUGAAGAGACGCGCAAGCAGCAUGCGGUGCUCGUCGCCUGCCCUCGAACAAGCAUAGGGCGCGCAUCGUUUCUUGAGCUGCCGAUGAUAGGGAUAGACUCUCUGGGGAACGUUGACGGUGCACCGGCGAAGAUGCUCCGAGACCUGGGGAUUCAGUUGCAGCUGGACAUGCUGCUCGACAUCACGCAUCUGUCGAGUGAGGAGGGACGAGGGAUUUUCACGUCGCCAGACAGUCGAGAUGAGUUCAUACGAAUUCUUUUGCACUCAGCUACCAUGCCAGAAGCAGAAAUCGCACGCAUGUACGAUGAAUGUGGAGGUUCCAAUGAAUCUUCGUGUAAGGUGCACAUAUUGCCGCUCAGCGACAUGUGGAAGUCAACCAACGAUGCCAAGGCGUUGAGUGCGCUCUGCCUGUACCUGAAUUUAGUUGCUGUGAAUGGUUUGCCGGCUGAUGGAACUUCUGUCACCCCUUCUUGA